AUGAACAAGUUUGAUGAUAUGAUGGCACUACUAGCGGAGGAGGUCCCCGAGUUCUCUCAGGUGGUCGCCGUUGACGCUCAAUUUCGCCUGUUUGGCAGGGCUUGGUGUGUUGCAGAACUUGUGCAAGCCCACGAGUCAAGCUUAAAGCAGUUCGUCAAGAUGCAUUCCAGGCAAGUUCUGGAGAAGUCGCAAAGCGAGUUGCAAGAGCUUCGAGUGGAGGACAUGCAGGCGUCGCGUGCGGAAGACGUGCAGCUCAUCUUGGAGAAGAUCUCAGACAAGAGCAUGUUCAAUCAGAAACUGCAGUCGCUCAUCUUUGACGAAGCAGGCCUUCUGUCUAGCUGGCGUCAGUUGGACACAGCCGGACGCAUGGAAGAAGUCGGAACCUUACUAAAGUGGAGUCUGGCAGACGAUGGAAAAGAUAUCGUUUGGCAGUAUUGGCCAGAAGUGGAGUCUGGAAAAUAA